UCACCUCGGCUACAGCUACAGGAUCGACUCCACUGUCUUUGACCUGAACGUGGACGGCUUAGCUUACAACCCUAACAUGGCUGGCAGCUUCUACAACCUCAACAAGGCUCCUAACUACCUCUUGCUGUUGGUCCCCCUUUACAGCUUUUUGAUUUUGGAGAUUGGAGGUCAUGGCCAGACAGCGACACCAUUCUCUUUCACAGGAGCCAACGUAACCAUAACCAACAACGAGGAGCUGAGGAUAGUGAUGGUGGGGAAGACUGGAACUGGGAAGAGCGCCACCGGAAACACCAUCCUGGGUCGAGAGUGUUUCGAAUCAAAGUUCAGCGCCAAGUCGAUGACUGUGGAGAGUGUGAAAGGUAAAGGUACAGUAGAUGGUCAGAAGAUUGCUGUUAUCGACACCCCGGGCUUCUUUGACACCAGAUAUGAGCCGGAGAAAACAGAGAAAGACAUCGCUAAGUGCAUCGUGUACGCUUCUCCUGGACCCCAUGUGUUCCUGGUGAUCAUCAGACUGGGCAGAUACACUGCAGAGGAGAUGAACACAGUGCAGAGGAUUCAGGAGAUCUUCGGCCAGGCAGCAGACAGAUACAGCAUGGUCCUCUUCACUCACGGGGACCUGCUUGAAGGCACCACCAUCGAGGACUUCUUGGAUGAAAGUCCUGAGCUGCUGGAACUCGUGGCCAGAUGUAACGGGCAGUACCACGUCUUCAACAACAAGAACAAGGAUCGCUCUCAGGUGACUGAGCUGCUCCAGAAGAUCCGAAGUAUCGUCCAGAAGAACGGAGGGAGCCACUACACCAACGAGAUGUUCCAGGAGGCCGAGAGGGCUCUGGAGAGGGAGAAACAACGCAUCCUGAAGGAGGAAGAAGAACAAAUACGCAAAGAAAGAGAGGAGCUGGAGGGGAAAGUCAAGGCUCAGUAUGAGGAGCAGAUGAAGAAGAUGACGGAGCUACUCCAGGCUGAUAGAGAGAGGGAGAGGAAGGAGAGAGAGGAGGAGAGGAGGAGUGAGAGGGAGGAGAUGAAUGAGGAGAGAAAGAGAGAGAGAGAGGAGAGAGAGGCAGAGCGGAGGAGAGAGAGACAGGAGAGGGAAGAAGAGAGGAGACAAAUGAAGGAGAAGUAUGACAAUGAUCUGCAAGUGAAGAUGAGAGAACUAGAGAGCAGACAUGAGAUCAGGGCCAGAGAGGAAGCUGAAUCUAUGAACCCCUUUGCUAUUCUGAUCGGUGGGUUUGUACGCCUGUUUACUUGCUUGUUUGGUAUCUGUUAAACCUGGCAACCUUGUUAAAGUGGGAAUAAUCUAGUACUUUCUCAAGAUAAGAUGGUCAUUAUCGCUUGAUAAUGUAAAGAAAGAAAUUACCCAGUAUUAAUUAUCAAGUAAUUCCUCAUAAUGUUGAGGUAUUCUCUGGUAAUUAGGUGUUAUUUUACCCCAAACCAACCUAACCUUACCCUUGUAAUAUGGUGGUAAAUCUCUGGUAAUUAGGUGUUAUUUUACCAAGUAAUUUCUAAUGAAUUGAAAUAAGAUGGUAAGUUGCUAAUAAGGCCCGGGUAAUUUCUUUAUUUUGGCCCACUAAAUUAAGCUGAAUAAUUUUCAGCUAAGUUUUAGGGUUGGGGUCAGGGGUUACAUUCAUGUUUAGGAGGUAAAACUUAGUGAAAAUACCACCUAAUUACAAAAUAAUUACUUCUGAGACAUUAUUACGAGAAAAUGCCACUCCUCGUGGAGCACACAGUCGUGUUUCACACUGAAUAAUGACGUCAGUACAAAUCCUCUACUGUGUUUGUAGCUCCUUCUUUUUUGAAAUGAUAGGUAAGCCUGGCACCGCUAUGGAAGGGUGCCAAAAAGGUAGCAUGGUACGGGUCAGUUAUUUGGGACUCUUUACAACUUUUGAUAAUGAUAAAAAAAUGCCUGCCUCUCUGUCCCAAUCUGACCAGGACCUCUGGAGGUAGAUGCUUACCUGCAAAGACAGACAUAUUGUACCAUGUUACCUCUCCUGUGACACUGACCUUCUGUUGGAGUGUGUGUUUGUGUGUGUUGCUUCCUCCAGGCUGAUUCCUGCCACCUGUGCUGCUGCUGCAAGGUAAAGCUGACUGCUGAGCAGCUGCAGUCACCCAAUCAGCCAAUCAGAGGAUGGCAGCAGUCAGCCCAACUCCUGUAAAAACCUGGACUGCCAACAUUUGGAGUGCAGUUUUGUUUCAGCUCACCGCUGUGCCUCUUAUGUUCAUCUGUCUGUCUUCAUCAUGUGUGACAGGAAACAUUUAUGUUUGGUUAAUGUAGAUGUUUAUAACCUGGAUAGUUAAUUUGUUGCACAAUUUUACUUCUUUUGUAAUAAAUAACUUAAUUUCACCAACA